AUGAGGCCGGCAGUGGUGAAGAGUGUUGUGCUGCUGAAUUCCCAUUUGAGCGCGGAGGCGCUGUGGGCCUCGCGGGCUUCUCUGCGGAGUCUCCUUUUUCCUUUUUUGUCUCUUUUGCCUCAUGCUGCUCUUCGAAAGAUAAUUAUAUCUCAUUUCCUGCGGCCUUUGAAGCCAGUUGCUGUUCCUGCUACUGCUGCUGCUGCUGCUGACCCCAGCAGCAGCAGCAGCAGCAGCAGGAGCAGCAGCAGGGAAGACGGGGAGGGCGAGGACCUCUUCGGGGCCUUCUGCAGCAGCUCGCAGCUGCCGCAGGACUCCCGCGCUGCUGCUGCUGCUGCUGAUGCCGCAGCAGCAGCAGCAGCAGCAGCAGCUCCUGCUGCUGUGCUGCUGCAGCCGCAGGAAACUCUCGAAGUCAAAAACAGCAAAGAGUUUCUCAUCGCCCAGUUGGAGACACUUACUGCAGCAGAACUUGCUGCUAGACUCGCCUUGCACUUGAGUCUGGCCCCGCCCCCCUUCGUGCCCCACUUGGCAAAAAGGGACUGUCUACUUUUGCUGCAGACUCUGGACUGCAACUUUGCUGCUGCUGCUGCUGCAGCAGCAACAGCUUUGCUGCAGCAAUACCCGGAGGCCAAAAUUGCAGAAAUGCGCAGCGGCGGUCCUUUCCCUUUUCUUGCUGCAGCAGAUGAGGUGUCUAUGCACCUCGAGCUGCACCUGCGGCGCUGUGGGGCGGCCCCGUGGCUGCAUGCGCAUGCAUGCAAAAGCAGCAGCAGCAGCAGCAGCAGCAGCAGCAGCGGCAGCGGCGGCGGCGGGGGGGGCGGAGACGGCAGCAGCAGCAGCCAAGGCUGCUGCGGAAGCAGCGACGGAGGCGCAGCGUGGGGCUCCGGUGGAGGGACGCAGCAGCAGCAGCAGCAGAUGCAGCAGCAGCAGCAGCAGCAGCAGCAGGUUUUGAGCAGCAGCAGCAGUGUACAGGGACAUGCGACGGGCGUGCGGCGGGUGCUAGGGGACCCGUUGUCUGCUGCUGCUGCUGUUGCUGCUGCUGACAGCAGCAGCUGCUGCUUGCUCCAGCCACAAAGCCUCCGGCAGCUGCAUGCGCAUGCACAUGACCCUCUGCUGCAGCAGCAGCUGCAGGAAGAUUUAGAAAGUGCUGCUGCGGCGACGGUGCAGACAGCAGCCAGCAGCAGCAGCAGCAGCAACAGCAGCAGUUCCGAGUGCUGCGAUGGCAGCAGCAGCAGCAACAUCAGCAGCAGCAACAGCAGGUACAGCAGCACCAGCAGUUUGCAGCCGAGCUAA